AAAAGGAGCUUCAUCGGAUGCGGCGCUGGUUUUUCGCGGAGCAACGAGCACGCCCCGAACCGCCCUCCAUGUGCUGAGUCAAGCGAAACCCAUCAUCCCGCUCCCUUCUUGCCUUCGGCAUAAAGCUGGAGUUUGGCUUCAAGUCUGCUUCUGAACUGCAACCGUAAGAAUCUCAGUCGGAAGGGCGGAGAGAAAAGAAGGAAAGGGGAAAGAGGAAAGAUGUUCUUCCACAUCGUUUUGGAGAGGAACAUGCAACUCCACCCUCGUUUCUUCGGUCGCAGCCUCCGCGACAACCUCGUCGCCAAGCUCAUGAAGGAUGUCGAGGGGACUUGCAGUGGUAGGCAUGGUUUCGUGGUGGCGAUUACUGGUAUCGAGAACAUUGGGAAAGGAUUGAUUCGAGAAGGGACGGGAUACGUGACAUUUCCUGUGAAGUACCAGUGCGUUGUGUUUAGGCCCUUCAAAGGGGAGAUAUUAGAAGCUGUUGUCACAAUGGUGAACAAGAUGGGAUUUUUUGCCGAAGCUGGUCCUGUUCAGAUUUUUGUUUCAAACCAUUUGAUUCCAGAUGACAUGGAGUUCCAAUCUGGAGACAUGCCAAACUAUACAACAUCAGAUGGAUCGGUAAAAAUCCAGAAGGACAGUGAAGUAAGACUAAAGAUAAUUGGGACUCGCGUAGAUGCGACCGAGAUAUUCUGCAUUGGCACCAUUAAGGAUGAUUUCUUGGGUGUGAUAAAUGAUCCUGCUGCCACCUAACAGAGAUGACCUCCAUUUUCUUUGCGAGGGAGCUGCAUGCCUUUGAUGAAGAACAUCUAAGCCUAUACGUUGUGUCAUAUGUUUAGUGCUCGUGUAAGGACUUCGUAGAGUUUGGCAUGCUCUAGUCAAAACUUUGUCGAGGUUGGCUGGCAUAUAACUGGCAUUUUAAGGAGAUUUCUAUUCAUGUCA